GGGCGGGUGGACGGGGCUAGUACUUGGUAAGAUAAGACUGAUUUUGGCAAAUUACAUAUCCUCUGGGAAAAUAGGGGGCGGGUGGAUGGGCCUAGUAUUUGUUAAAAUAAAACCGAUUUUGCCCACAUUAAUCUUGUAAAAACUUGUGAAAUUUAAAGGUGUUAAAUCGCAAUUUCCAUAAUAACGAGUUAAAUUCCUAAAUCUACCCGAAAUGUGCAAAAUAUGAUGAGUUUUUACUUGUGAUUUAUCAUUGCAUUCAUAUUUUUUAGUUGUUUAUACAGGUGGCUCAAAAAAAUUAAUGAAUGUGUCAGUUUAUUUUAUUGAUUAAAUCAGGAACGGCUCACUCGAUUUUCCCAGAAUAUUUUGGAAAUACAAUACUGUUUUUUUAGUGUUACACUGCACCAAUCCAAGUUGACAUACGUGUCCUUGCAAAAAUAUUGAUGACGUCAUCAUAAAAUUCUGUAAACUCUAAAAUGCUGGAUAUAUUUCACUGUAGUUUAGGUGCGAGGGAAGUUCUGUCGAAACAGCCUUGGACCAAUUUUUUGGGGUUUUGAUUGCUCGAUUUUGCGGUUUCUCAAGUUUUCGAUUUUUAAAAUUUUCAAUUUUUCAGUUAUUCGAUUUUUUAAAUUUUUUGAUUUCUCAAUUCCUCGAUCCAUCGAUAUUCCAUGCUCUUAUUUAAGGGUGGCGUCUGGUUCGGUUUCGCCCAAUACUAAAUACAUUGAAAACAUCGUCGUAGUUUCUGGAAUUGCAUUUUUAAAAUGCUGAAAUCUCCAACCAAGUCAGAAUCUAAGUAAACCUGCAUUCUGCUACCGCAUCACAGCUCCCGAUUUCUCGUUUCAAUAGAUUUUGACUUUUCGCGAGUUAUUUACCUCAGUCGUGGAUUUUUUAAUAUUAUAAAUGGUAUCAAAAGAAAGCUGACACUUUUCCCCAGGGGACCUCCUAUCUCAGAAUGCAAAAAACUUCAGCACUUCGUCAAAAAAUGCAUCAAUGUGCCGGUUAAAAUGUGAUGUAAAAGUUGUUCAACGUUAUAAUUUCUUUUUGUAAAAACUGCAUACUAGAUAUGAAUAUAAAUAUGGAGGUCCCCUGGACUGAAGUUUGUUAAUUCGAAAUAUAAUUUUUUUAAAGCGAUAUAUCUCAUAUUUUUAAAAUGCAACUCCGGAAACCGCGACGAUGUUUUCAAUGUAUUUAGUAUAGGGCUAAACCGAACCAGACGCCAGCCUUAAUAUGUACACACAUAGUUUUUUAUGCGUCUAUUAUAUUUUUAGGAAUAUUUAUUGCAUUUGUAAUUGUAACAUCCUGUACAUGUGCAAAAUGUGUUGUAUCAAAAAAAAAGGUAGACUGUUUCGCGAUCUACCGGGAAAUUUCCCUGUGCCCCGGCGGCACAAUCCGACACUGGUGGACAUAAGUGUAAUGUACUAGCUUUGAAAAAGAGAUAGAGAAUGACAGUUGACAGAAUAUAUAAGUUAGAAAAAUGAGCUCGUGUAAUUAGAGAAACUAACAAUAUUACCUACCCCAAACAAGACAUCACAUUUUGGCGACGAGAAUUAAAAGAACUCAGAAGAAGACCAACGAAGCGAAAAACAACGAACACGCGGAACAGACAACAGGAGAAACACAUAACCUCAACACAACACGUGGUUCGCAACAAACGAAUCGAGGAAAAGAUAACAGAACAUGGACACACACUCAACACCAGUACCUCCAUUUCAUAUAGCAGAAGACCCCAAUAACGUUGGCUCAAGGUGGGAAAAGUGGCUCAACCGUUUUGACAACUAUCUCAUAGCAGCAGGCAUCGAUAAUGAAGACCGAAAGAAAGCCAUGCUUCUCCACUACGCAGGCGAAGAAGUUCAUGAUUUAUAUUUGUCACUUCCUGAACUACCAGCAAACACAGCACAACCCAAUGAAUCACCUUAUCUAACAGCUAAACGAAAGCUCAAACAAUAUUUCACCCCUAGAGUCAACAAAGAAUUUGAAAUGUUUAAUUUUAGGCAAGCCAGACAGAGCGAGAAUGAAACAAUUGAUCAGUUUUACGCAAAGUUACUGAAACUAUCCAAGACUUGCACGUUUGAGAACCCAAAUGAAGAAAUCAAAUUUCAAAUCAUCAUGAACACGAAGUACACAGAACUACGUCGAUAUGGACUCACUGAACAACCCAAUCUCGAUGAUCUAUUGAGCAGAGCACGUACAAUCGAGUGCACAGCUAAUCAACUGAAGGUCAUUGAAGACAAGAUUGUCAUGAACACAAGCACAGAAGAAUGUAGCUACUUAAACAAACAAACGCAACACAGAACCGCACCAGCCAACAGUGGUACGAGCAAGAACAAUUGCAAAAAUUGUGGAGGCAAAUGGCAUCCAAAUGGGAGGAGAGCUUGUCCUGCUCUAAAUGUAAUUUGUCGAAGUUGUGGCAAGAAAGGACACUACGCCCGAGUCUGCAUGUCCACCACAUCAACACAACAGCAACAAGCACAAUCACGAGCAAACCCCCAGCACAACAACCAUGGCACAAAUACUAGCAUAAACAAGAAACAUAAUGGAGAGAGGAAGAACAGAGCACAAAUUCGCUUUAAUGAGCUUAAUAUGGAGCCAGAGUCAACUAAUUCUGAGACAUCUUUCAAAACAACAAUUCGUCCAAACGACAGAACAGCCAUGAAAUGCCCUCAGGUACAUGUUAAGUUGAAUGGGAAAGUAAUCAAUUUCAUUGUAGAUACUGGUUCAUCUGUUAAUCUGAUAAGCUCAAGCACAUUUAAACAAUUUCAUCAGCAGUCACUACAACCAGAUUCCUCAUCGAUUCUCCCGUACAACUGUCAACAACAGUUAGAAGUAGUUGGAAAAUUCAAAGGUCUAUUCCAUUAUAACAACCACCAAACGCGAGCAGAUGUAUUUGUGAUAAAAGGCAACAGUGAAUCAUUAUUGAGCUAUGAUACAGCAAACAAAUUGCAGCUGAUACAACUAUCUAUGAUGAUAUAUCAACCUAUGGACAUGAACUAUAUCAAAAACAAGCAUCCUAAUUUGUGUAAUGGCAUAGGUUGUCUCAAGAACCAAACUGUCAAGCUACACAUUGAUGAGUCAAUUCCUCCAGUAGCAAAUAAACACAGGAGAAUUCCAAUAAAUCUUCGUGAAGCAGUUGAACAAGAGAUAACAAGACUGAUGAAACAAAACAUCAUUGAAAAAGCAACAGGACCAACUCCCUGGGUUUCACCAAUAGUUGUAGUUCCUAAACAUCACGAUCCUAACUCUAUCAGAAUUUGUGUAGACAUGAGAGAGGCUAACAAAGCCAUACUUAGAGAAAGGCAUCCAACACCAACUAUUGAAGAAAUAUUUGCCCAGUUAAAUGGCGCAACAGUCUUCUCAAAGAUUGAUUUGAAAGAUGGCUACCACCAACUAACAUUAGAAGAAUCUUCACGGUAUAUAACAGUUUUUUCAACACAUAUUGGUUUGUAUCAAUAUAAACGACUGAGUUUUGGGAUAAAUUCCGCUGCAGAGAUUUUUCAAAACACAAUAAGACAACUGUUAAACCAAAUAGAUGGUGUGUUAAACAUCAGCGAUGAUAUACUAAUCUUUGGAACAACUCAACAAGACCAUGAUAAGACUCUCAAGCAAGUAAUAGAACGUUUGGAUAACCAUAAUUUGACAAUCAACACAAAGAAAUGCAUUUUUAACACAAACAAAAUCGAUCUCUUUGGAUAUGUAUUCUCUAGCAAAGGCAUUUACCCUGAUCCAGACAAAGUCAAGUCUGUCUCUAACCUAGAACCGCCCAGAAAUGUACAUGAACUAAGAAGCUUCCUAGGAACGUUGAAUUAUGUUGGAAAGUUCCUGCCUCACUUAGCAACAAAUACUGCAAUAUUACGUGAGCUGAUUACAAAAGAUGCUCAAUGGGACUGGACUGAAAAGCAUCACAGCGCUUUUAAUGAUCUUAAGAAACAACUAGAAUCAGCACGAAACCUCGCCUAUUUUGACCAACAGAAAAAGACGCACCUCUAUGUAGACGCUGGUCCCAUAGGACUUGGAGCGAUCCUUUCGCAAGAACUUAAUAACAAAACAGAAGUUAUUUCGUACGCUAGCAGAACAUUAACUUUGACCGAACAGAAAUACAGUCAAAUAGAGAAAGAAACAUUAGCAGCAACAUGGGCCAUACAUCACUUCAGAAUAUACCUGUUAGGAGGUCACUUUGUGUUACACACAGACCACAAACCCUUGGUCUCAAUCCUACAGAACCCUCGAUCAGCUCCAAACGCACGCAUUGAACGACUUUGUUUGAAACUUCAGCCUUAUAAAUUUACAGUUCAAUACCAAAGAGGCAUAACAAAUCCGUCUGAUUAUUUAUCUCGUCAUCCAACACACAGCCCACCAGAAGCAUAUGAUAAAAGUGAAGAAUACGUAGCUUUUGUAACCAAUCAUUCACUACCAAACACAAUUUCACUUGAAGAAAUCGAAAAUGCAAUGAAAGAUGAUUUUCAGUUGCAGCUACUGAAAAAGGCCUUGUUAGAAGAUGAUUCCUUGUUUUGGAAGAAACGAGAACUGCAAACAUUCAAGCAAAUCAAACAAGAGCUCACUGUAUAUGGUAAUAUUAUUCUCAAAGGCAGUCAAAUCGUAAUUCCCAGCAAACUGCAGAAAAACAUUAUCAGAUUGGCACAUAAAGGUCAUCAAGGUCUCGUUAAAACCAAACAACUGGUAAGAACUAAGGUGUGGUUUCCCAACAUCAACAAAAUGGUAGAAGAAGUAGUGAAGUCAUGCACAGCAUGUCAAGCAGUAACACCCUACAACCAGCGAAAUCCGAUUCAAACAUACCCGACAUCCACUCACCCGCUUGAAUGUCUAGAUGUAGAUUACGCCGGACCAUUUCCAGAUGGAAAAUAUUAUUUCAUAAUGGUGGAUGAUUUCUCAAAGUUUCCAUUCGUCAAAAAAGUACCAUCGACCAAUUUCAAACAGCUGAAGCCCGUACUUGACGAGACAUUUGCACUAUUUGGCCUACCAAAAGAACUUAAAUCCGAUAAUGGACCACCCUUUAAUGGAUAUGAAUUGAAAGAAUAUCUUUCAAGCCUUAACAUCAAGCAUCAUUUAAUAACACCACGUUGGCCAGAAGCAAAUGGUAGAACUGAGAGAUUCGUGAAAACGUUCAAGAAAGCCCUCUUGUGCGCAACGAUCAACAGUAACAAUCCAGACGCAGAAAUUCAAGAAUUUUUAAUCAAUUACCGAAGCACCCCUCAUUCAACAACAAACUGCCCACCAUAUCAAAUUAUGUUCAACAGAGAAAUCAACAACUUCUUACCCACUCUCAAAAACAAGACGUUUCAUGAAUACAAUCCCCAAACGGACAUCGACAACAGAAGAAAACAAAACGAACGCGCCAAUCGUAAAAGAAGGACAUUUGAACAUCGCUUACAACUUGGACAAAAAGUUCUUUGCAAACAACAAAAGAAGAAUUCGCUGACUCCACUCUUUGAUCCAGAUCCAUACACGAUCACUAGAAUCACCGGUUCUCAAAUUGAAGCUCGACGAGGAGAAAAGGUGAUUGUCAGAAAUUCAUCAUUCUUCAAGCUACACCACUCAGCACAGAGUCCAAGGCCAGAGUAUCACCCCUCAACAAGUUUGGCACCCAGUCGAUCUUCCCAAUCUGAACAAACGCGAACACCGUUCCCCACAACACCUCCAAGGUCGACAGCUCCAGCCACGACACCCCUUAGACAAGACAACACGGAAGACAAAGUAAACAGUCCCCCAAAUCAACGAGUCGAGACGCCCACUGGACGACGUCCCCAGCGAGACAGAAAACCACCGUCGAAGCUCCGGGACUAUCUUGUAGAACUCUAAUGGCAUGUGCGUCAUAUGAGUUAUUAAGUUUAACUUUUAUUUUGUAUUUGGUAUGUGUUCUUUAAUUUUCAGUAAGGGAGGAAAUGUAAUGUACUAGCUUUGAAAAAGAGAUAGAGAAUGACAGUUGACAGAAUAUAUAAGUUAGAAAAAUGAGCUCGUGUAAUUAGAGAAACUAACAAUAUUACCUACCCCAAACAAGACAUCACAAUAAGGAAUGACUGUUUUACGUAAUUCGAUGGACCACUAUGUAUGUUAUUAUGUAGAACUUGAAUAUUUUAUUAAAUAACCCGCAUAUGAGAUGAGAACAAAGGAGAUCCACACAACACAAUAGUUCAAAUCGCUGGUGAAUAAAACGCACAUUAUGGGGAAUGAAGAAAGGCUAGGUCUAAACAAUGAACAUUACGAACAUAGACAUCGUGACCUGAUUAUGGAUACCAGGAUCAUCUUUUUUUUAUGAAUCCCGAUUUAUUAUGAAUCCUAUAUCUAAUGGCGAGUAAAAUACACACCCUCAACAUGGUUAAAAAAUAUUAAGGACGCGCUGCUCGCUUAGGCUGAAUUUUAAAACGGUUGACAUUGGUUAUAUUUCCAACUGGCGCAAAAUUCAAUCUCUUAAUUUUCAUUCAAACAAUUUUGCAAACAUAUUUUUAGUAUGAUGCUUAAAUUUUGUAAAAUAGCUAUAUUAAAUGAAAUGUCGGCUUAGAAAAGUGCACUUUGUUAAAAUUUAAACCGAAAAUGUCUUCAACACGUUAAACUUAAAAUAAUAUUAGAAAGAUAGAGUAAGAACUUACCAUGCAAAAACUACCUUCUUUCAGAAAGGUUUUGACACAGUGGUAAUUUUUGAUUGUAUUUGUAAUAUCUGCGUUAUCUGUGCCAUUAGAAAUUAAGUUUUAUUUAAAUAAAUGGUGUCCUCUCCUUCGAUAA